CGCCUAACAAGUCAAGGGCUGCUACAAAAGCGCUGACAACCCCGCUAAGCUGAAAAGCAGGCUCUGCAACUUUAUUUCUCAAGACAUAUCUUCUCUCCGGUUUAAAAGCCAGUUCUCGCGAUAUCACAAAAAUUAAGCUAUUUGACGACGACAUGAACUACCAACCUCCAUCGAUAUACGUGCGGUUAGCACGUAUGAUGAGUGGUGAUAAGAAUCUGGCUAUCUUUCGACGUUUUGAUGAUGCAAAUAUCCUAUGUUUGCUUUCACUGCAGGCCGAGAUCCUCCAGUUACGAAAAGAGUUCCAUUGGGAAAACUCGCUUGAUGAGACUGACGGAACAGAGGAAGAAAAGAAGUAUGGAAGGAGCUUCUAUGACAGCCAAAAGAACAACAGUGCCCAGCAUCAGAUCCUAUGUCAACUACAGGAAAAGCUGACGCGGUAUAAUCGGUUCCUUGCGCAGUAUUCAGAAAUGAGCCAACUCCAGAGUCCAAAGAAGUCUCAGCUGAGAAGCCUGAGAAACUGGUUGGCUAUGGAUAAAGGCGGAAAGAACUUCCAAACUGGAGAGGAGAUCAACACUUGGGCCGGAGAUGGAAUGGACGAUCCUGACCUUUAUGUGACGUUGCAAUCCGGUGCUGAGGACGACGAUCAUUUUACGCGAGGUAUUAUGAGAUUUGUCGCUGGACCGUUUCAUCGUAGGUUUGGCCAGAAGAUGAGAAUGGGCCAGGUAAUCGAUGAAGAGAGCGGCUAUGUCACGUAUCGAGACGCUGGCAUAAUUCGGCUCACUAGCAUUAUUGUUACUGUGAUUGCCGCCAUUCUCCCUCCUCUCACCAUCUUGGCGCUUAACAGUGUACCGACCACAAACAAGAGAAUCGGAAUCACGGUCCUGUUUACAGCUGUCUUUCAGCAAAGCGAAACGAGUCGAAAUUCUUGUUGCAACUGCAACCUUUGCUGCUGUUGAAGUUGUUUUUAUUGGUAGUGCUUUAUCUGGCAGAGAAUAAACUUAGAUUAUACUCAACCUUACUACAAGUUAAUAAUUAUAUCAGUAUAAAAUUUACAUAGAUAAAAGCAAAUUGAUAGUUAUAUUAAACUUAAUUUAAC